AUGAAGUUCUCCGCCGGAGCUGCAGUCGCCGCCCUGGCUUCCCUCGUGGCCGCAGACACAAUCACCGUUCAGAACAACAUGGGUUGCACGAUUGCCGUCCGAGGCUUUGUUGGCAAGAUUCCUUGCUUUCGUGUCGUCUUCACCGACGGCGGUGGCUCCAGGUUCUCGAGCAAAUGCGGCUUCGCCAGCCCUGCAAACACCUGCAACGGAUACUGGGAAAAUCAGAGAAGCGAUGUUGACCUCGGCGGUGGUUACAUUUUCACCUCUGAUGGCAAAACCGCCUAUGUCCGCUCCGGUAAUGGCCUAUACAAUGCUAGAUGCGUUCCCCAGGGAGACGGCAGGACACCGGGCAUGGGCUGCACCUUGACUGGCGACACAGACUCUCAGUCCUAA